AUGGUGCUGGUGCUGGUGGUGCUCAUCCCGGUGCUGGUGAGCUCCGCCGGUACCGACGGCCGGUACGAGAUGCUGGGGACCUGCCGUAUGGUUUGCGAGCCCUACGGCCCCGCCGCCGCCGCCCCCCCGCCGCAACCGGCCGAACGCGGCCCCCUCCCGCCGCCCUCCACCCUGGUGCAAGGUCCCCAAGGCAAAACGGGGCGACCGGGGAAACCGGGACCACCGGGACCACCGGGAGAACCGGGACCGCCGGGACCGGCGGGGGCGCGGGGUGAAGCGGGACGACCGGGACCCCCGGGAUUACCGGGACCGGGGGCUACGGGUGCGGUGAGCGCGGCUACCUAUAGCACGGUGCCGCGCGUCGCCUUCUACGCCGGCCUCAAGAACCCCCACGAGGGCUACGAGGUCCUCAAGUUCGACGACGUGGUCACCAACCUGGGCAACAGCUACGACGCCGCCUCCGGCAAGUUCACCUGCGCCAUCCCCGGCACCUACUUCUUCACCUACCACGUCCUCAUGCGCGGCGGCGACGGCACCAGCAUGUGGGCCGACCUCUGCAAGAACGGUCAGGUGCGGGCCAGCGCCAUCGCGCAGGACGCCGACCAGAACUACGACUACGCCAGCAACAGCGUCAUCCUGCACCUGGACGCGGGGGAUGAGGUCUUCAUCAAGCUGGACGGGGGCAAAGCCCACGGUGGCAACAACAACAAGUACAGCACCUUCUCUGGCUUCAUCAUCUACUCGGACUGAGCCUGGACCCACGGCAUCGCCCCACAGCCCUCCAGCCCCACGGCAUCCCCCUGCUGCUGUCCAGCCCCACAGCAUCCCCGCGCGGCCAGCCAGCUAGCCCCACGGCACCCCCCCCCGAUAUCCUCGAGUGACCACCCAGCCCCACAGCAUCUCUCUGCCGUGGUUUGACUCCCUGCUGCUGUCCAGCCCCACGGCAUCCCCCCACUGCUGUCCAGCCCCAUAGCCUCCCCUUGCUGCUGUCCAGCCCCACGGCAUCCCCCCACAGUGGUCCAGGCCAUCUAUGGUGCCCCAAACCCCCCCUUUCCCGUUAGCUUACCCUACGGCUGCUAA